AUGCUAAAACAAUAUAUACUAGUAGGUUCAGAUGAAGUGAACAAAGGACAACUUUAUGAUAUAAAAGAGACAAUUGUCCAUCCAUUAUAUAAUAAAAUAACCAAACACAAUAAUGAUGUACUCGUGAUAAUGUUAAGCAAACCAUUGCAAUUCAGUGAUAGAGUGCAACCUAUACAGAUGGCGCCAAGAAACUUGGCUUUGAAUUCUGGUGACAUGUUGAUGACUAUGGGCUUUGGAAGAACCGAGGAAUUAGAUAUAUCACCUAUUUUACUCAGCGUAAAGGUGCCAUAUGUCACCAAUAAAGAUUGUUAUGAAAUAUUUACAAAUGGAUACCGGUCGCUUAUCACGGAGAAUAUGAUGUGUGCAGGAGUUGAGGGAAAAGAUUCCUGUAAAGGUGAUAGUGGUGGUCCACUAGUCCAUAACAACUUAUUAGUUGGUAUAGUCUCAUUUGGAUAUGAUCUUUGCGGUACACACCCUGGAGUUUAUACUCGAGUCUCAGCAGUCCGAGACUUCAUUGAUACAACUAUGGAUAAAUUGAAUAAUAUGUACGAA